AUGUCAGACUCUUUCUUCGGCUUCGAUACUACCUUGCCCCCAUUAAACUCUGAUCAAUUAACCGGAUUAGAAGGAAAUACGGGUGAACAAAACGACGAGACCGAGGAGGAGGACUUUGAGAGGAAAUUUAAAGAGUUCUCUCUCCAUCCAGGAGAAGACGUUGGGGCUUUUGACGAUGAACAAAAUUUUGAUUUGAGUGCCCAGCUAGUAGAGACAGGGGACGAUUUAAACGACGAAACUUUUGGAAAUGUUGGUCAAGAUUUUGAUUUUAUGGAAAGUACCGCGAAAAUGGAUUCCAUACAAAAAGAGGAGGAAAUUUAUGUUACUCGAAGGGAGAGUAAUAAUAAUUCAGAAAAUUUUGAUGAGCAAGCCAAACGUAGACCAUCUUAUGCCGCUUUAUGGGAAAAUGAUACAGAUGGUAUGAUUAAUGGUAAUGGAAAAGUAGCUAAAGUAUGUAAAGAAGAAUAUGACAAUGAUAUACCCGAUACUGUUGAAGGUUUAAUGAAAUUACCCGGAGUUGGACCAAAGAUGGCAUACCUUUGUAUGCAAGUUGCUUGGAAACAAAAUCAAGGCAUAGGCGUUGACGUUCAUGUUCACCGAAUAUCAAAUCGGCUUGGUUGGUGUAAAACAGAAAAAGUUGGUCCAGAAAACACUCGACAGUCAUUGGAAUCAUGGCUUCCAAGGUCAUUGUGGCGAGAAAUAAACCCGAUAUUUGUUGGAUUUGGGCAAACGACAUGUUUGCCAAGAUAUCCAAAAUGUUCUAGCUGUCCUGUCAGCGAUAUGUGCCCCUCUGCAAAUUUAUAA